AAUGGUUGUCGUUAUAAUCGGGCCUGAAUUGAAGACUACACCGCUCAGCAGUGACAGUGGCGUUAGUCAGGUCACCACGCAGGAAGCCACCAGAGCCUCGCCCUCCACCCCGCGUCUCGCAGAGCGGACUCUGGGGAUGAUGAACGAUGACGCGGCCAGCACCGUAUCAGCCAGCCCAUCGCUCACAGACAUGACAGUGGUUGACGCAGUCAGCACCUUCCCCUUCUUCUCCAGACUCACGGACACAGAAGGGACACUGGUGGCCAACAGUGGCGCCGCCAAGGAGUCCACCUGCAUCACGCUGCCGGUGCCCCGCUGGCUGGUGCUCGACUUUACCCUCGUCAGCUUCGUAGACUCGGCGAGCGCCGCCGUCCUGAAGCAGCUGCACCACGACCUCCAGAUCGCCGGGGUCAAGCUGUGCCUCGCCUCAGCCUCAGACAGGGUACUGCAAGCCCUUGAAAAGUGCGGCGUCCUGCAGGAGAUCACCAGUGACCUGAUCUUCCACUCCAUACAUGACGCAGUGGCAGUCAUCACCUGCACCAAGGCUCACCAGGCCAAUGACCUGCAAAAGUCAUAGUCGACGCUAAACACGGACAAUAACAGCCGCAACAGCACCACCAAUAGAGACAAGAGCCGCCCGACGCGUGCUCGCCGCGUAUAUAGCUGCAGGGGUGCUGGUCGCUGGACAAUGCUCACCCGGAUCCCCCUCCCUCCCACUUCGCCGAAGGUCUCCUCGGGGCCGCACAGUCUCCCGAUAACUCAUCUUGAGCUCGUCGUCACUCUACAAUAACUUAUUCACCCUCAUUUACGUGGCUUUUUCCUGGGUACAAACAGCCCACACUUGAGUAUCGGCCAGCGCCGCUUGUCUAACGUGGAUUUACUCUUCAAAAUACUUUUAAACCUUUCAGGGCAUCCACUGACCUGUCGUGUUGUUUGCAUCGCUGUGAACAUUUAUUGAGACCACUGUGUAACACUGCUAACCCACCAGCCUUCUUUAUACAGGAGCGUAAUGUAGUGCGAGAGAAUAAAACUUCGCCAUAAUUUCAUGUAUAUACAUAGAUGCACUAAGGCUAUUAGAGCAAAGUGACCAGGAAAAAUGUAAAUGGAAGGCAGUUUUUUUAUAUUUUAAGUGGAAUGUAACGGGCUUGUCGGGGGGCGUUUAAAGGGUGUUGAUUAAGACUUCAGCUUCCUUAAGGCGAAUUAUAUUCGUAGCCUUUAGGUACAAGAAGCGUCGGAGCGAGAGCGACUGUCGUUGUGUGUCAGUCGGACUCUCGUGAAGGAGUGGCGAGUUACAGGUUGGAAAAUAAUUGUUACAAUUGGUCACGUAUGUCAAGGUGACCUCCGCGCACCAUCGGAGUGCGAAGUAUACAAAACUGAGACGGUAAACACUGACGGACGACAUUCCUAUAAGGUGGCG